ACUAUGCCUGGAAGCCCCGCCCCCUUUUCCACAUCUCAUGUGCUCUUAGCUGUUAAAGGUAAAUGGAUGCCACCAAAAAAUUUAGGAAAGAUAGAAAAGGAUCAAACGUUUGACCUUAAAAGAUUAAAUAUCCAUACAGUGAAGUGUCAAAUGUAACAUUAAAAAUCAUUUUAAUGUUGAUGAUGAUUUAGAAAGUGAUUAAUUACAAGUUAGGUUUUUCCCCCUUUUUUCUUUUGCUCUCCUACGCCAGUAUUGUGCAGAAUUAUGACUCCCUGGAAGUAUCAGAUUCCAUUACACAUGAAUGUGUGCCACACAGUAGGGUAUUCCUAAUAUUGCAAGUUCGAAACAGAAACAACAGAAAUCUAUACUACUAUAAUACAGGUAUACUGUAUGAUGAUGGGGGCGGGGGAUCACGUCUUACUCUCGUAUAACUCUUGUAACACGUCUUAAAACGCCUCUCUUUUUUAUUUAAACUGUGCAAGUUUCAUCAGAAGCUGAAGAAAGGUAGCUAUUUAACAGGCAGAUACUUUCCCGCUACAUGAUUGGUUCAGAUCUCUUACAGCUGUAACCUAAAAGCGUACAUGCGGUUGCUGAUUGGACGUUUGUCCUUAACACGCCCCCUCAUCUUGAUCCCGCCCCUCCGGUGCUCUGAUUGGUUGCUCUUUCCCCGUCUGUGUCAGUCUAUGCUUUUUACCCAGUAACACUGCGGCUGAUGUCCGGACUUGUAACUACAUUUCAGAGCAGCUCGGCUUUUGUUCGCGAGUUACUUUAAGCCCAGGAAAGACAGAGGAGCCGUAUUCAUGCACUUACACUGAGGAAAAUGAUCAUCUGUGCGCAAAAGAUGGACUAUCGCUUUGGAUCUCAGUGCCAGCGUGUCCGGAGUCAGGUGAUGAAGGUGAGCUCUGAUAAGGACGGUUCCUCUCCGUUGUGCAUGAAGGCUCUGGCCAACAGGGGGCGCCUGGAUACGGUAUCACAGCAAAUGGCCUCCCAUCCGCAGUAUUUAGAGAGCUUCCUGCGCACACAGCACUACAUCCUUAACAUGGACGGCCCUCUGCCCCAUCACUACCGCCACUACAUAGCCAUCAUGGCUGCAGCACGACAUCACUGCAGCUACCUUGUGUCUCUGCAUUCGGCUGUGUUCCUGCGGGUGGGGGGAGACCCGGUGUGGCUGCAAGGGCUGGAGUCUGCACCACCUCGCCUCCAGCAGCUCGACCACAUAAACAAAGUGCUCGCUCACCAGCCCUGGCUCACUGCUCGCUCCCACAUUCAGGCUUUGCUGAAGUCAGGUGAGCAGUGCUGGUCUCUGGCUGAGCUGGUGCAGGCCGUAGUUCUGCUGGCUCACUGCCACGCACUCUGCAGCUUCGUUUUUGGCUCCGAACAGGACACACAACCCGUCCCGAGAGUGCCACACGGAACGCCCCCAGGCUACUGCCUCUGUGAUGCUGCCAAUGGCAACGCCACCUUCCCACCUCGUAGGAGGUCUCUAGACUCGAGCUGUGACAUGGCGUGCCUACGAGAAGGAAUCCACAAAUCCCAGGAGGAGAAAGAAAGAAAAGGACAUGCAGUCCUUCAGUCUUACACCCUCCUGCAUAUAGACAUGGACGAGGAGGAAGAAGAAGAGACGAUGUGUUCCACGGAUCCCUCCCGCUUUGUCAAGGACCCUGGUUUCGGCUACCAGGAAUUUUCCCGGCAGGAGGAAGACCAUUUCCAAGUAUUGCGGGUGCAGGACUACUCGUGGGAGGACCAUGGUUUCUCUUUGGUAAACCGCCUCUACUCGGACAUCGGGCACCUGCUAGACGAACGGUUCCGCAGCGUGGCCUCGUUACCGUCCCCUCGCAAUCCUGAGCUUAAGAGAGCCAUCUGGAACUACAUCCAUUGCAGCUAUGGAAUUAGGUAUGAUGAUUAUGAUUAUGGAGAAGUGAACCAGCUGCUGGAUCGCGGACUGAAGCUUUAUAUUAAGGCUGUGGCCUGCUAUCCUGACUCCACUAAGAACCUUCUGUGCCCUCUGCCUUUGGUUUCUCUCAAAGCCUCAGAAAAGGUACAUGUGAACCUGCUGGUGAUGGAGGCACGGCUGCAGGCUGAGUUGCUCUACGCACUCCGAGCAAUCACUCAGUACAUGAUCGCCUAGGACUGCAAGGCACAUGCAGAGAGAAAGAAAGAGGGAGAGAGAGCGGGAGAGAGAGACAGAGUUGUCACUUAUGGUACAAAAAAAAAAAAAAACCCUGACUCGGGGCAAUGGUGAAAGGAAAAAGACUGAGAGGACUUGUGACGAGCAAUAUAUCUUCUUUUUCCAUAUCUUUUUUUUUUGUUUGUUUGUUUGUUUUUGUUUUAACAAAACAAAAUGUUACUAAAGUGUGACUUAAGGUACUGCUGUGAAGCGUCUUCAAGGUGACACCUGAAGACAAACAAUCUUUCUUUCUCUGUCUCGCCCUUUUUUGCAUGUUGUUCACUUCAUUACUUUCUAUGACCUCAGCUAUGUACUUUUGUUUGUUUGUAUGUUUUGUGUGUGUUUUCUACUCUUCAGUUUGAAUAUCGUUCUUUCUAGAUUGUUCAUGUGCAAUUAUCUUUAUUCUGUUCUUUGUAUUGUUGACGUGCUUUGUUUUCAUUUGUUUAGUUGAUUGGCCUGUUGCUUCCCUGUUGACUGACAGUCGAGAAAAAAGAAGAGAGCGUGUCAUUUUCUAUUCUAGAGUAUUGAACUGUGCAAAAAAAAAAAAAAAAAAAAAACGGAUGACUCGACCUGUCCCGUAAUCGAAGGCGGUGUUUACUGAAGCUGAGACGAACAGACGAACGUUGACGAAGCUCAACGUGUUUUUCCUGAAUCUUUCAUUUGAAUUUAAGCUCUGAACAAGACGACAGACAAUAUAGGAAAACGUUACGUGGCUGUAACUUUUGUUUUAACGGCACUUUUAAGAUUAGAUAAAAACGUAUUUAGGCUCAAAUGUCUACAGCAUCUGACCGCUUUCUAAAAAUAAGUUGUGCUUCAGUUGACUCGGUUUAAAGUGCCAGUUGUGCUACUAGUUUAUCCAGUGUCAGUGUGAAGGGUAUGGAUAACACGCAUAGCACAUUUGUGAUCGAGGAGAAUCUGUCAGCACUUUCAAAACCAAUUGGUGCAUUUUUUUUUUUUUUUUUUUUUUUUUUUUUUCUUUUUCUUGUUUGUUUUUUUUAUAAAUAGGAAUUUUACUGCAUAAGUUAGCUUAUGAUGUAGCUUACACUCCACCCAAAUUAUCACGUUUAGAAAAAAGCUUAAAUUAAAUUCAUGAUUCUUAAUGUAGGUCAAUUCUAGUCAAAUGAAGGAUUUCUUUUUUCUUUUCUUUUCUUUCCCUGAUUUAUCUACAAAACCUUUCAGUGAUACUUUGCCAUCUGGAUACUUUAUAAUGUAAAGAAGGUCAAAGGUCAGGCCUGCUGUGAUGCUUCCUGUAACUGACCUGCACAACUUAUUUCCUUGCACUGGACUAUUUUGCACAGAACUGCAUAAGUGACCUGCAUUGCCUCUGAGCAGCUGUAAUAGUUAUUGGAACAAACGACCCGGUGAGGCCUCUGUUCACUGGUACCACGCUGAUGCCAUACUUACUGCAAAUGUUCUGGUUGUGGAAAAGGCCAAGAGUUACUUGCUAGAUAAAGCCAUGAUAGUAUUGAAGUGGUGCAGAAGUGUUGCUCAUGUAGGACACAGGAGCAAAGAAACAUGGGCGCCAAUGUUAUUUUCUUUUUUUUAACUUAUUUUUAAACAAUAUUGCAUUACCCUGUCACUACGGCUGUGUUCAGACUGGGUGUAGUAUUCCCUGUCCAGCCCCCCUCCCCCCCCCCCCAAAUGUGAUUGGUCUUCUACAUUUUGACAGGAUAUUGGAACUGAAACUGGGUUUCUGCAUUGCAUCCUUGUACGUGUGAGAAGAAAUAAUCUUAAUGAACUUGAGCACCUGUUUAAACAUAGCCAGUGAUUGAGUUAUUGUUGUCGAUUUAGUUUUUGUUUUGGAAGGGAAGAGAAGGUGGAGCAAGAUGGCUGACUUCAGUGCUGAAUCUCAUCGGCCUUUUAUCAAGUACAGCACUGUGGGACUAUUGGGGGAAUGACCAGUCACAUAUCGGAGAAAGAAAGAAUCUUUCAUCUAAUGCUGAACUUAUGGACUGACUUGUUGGAUUUAAGAACUGUGUAGUGGAGAGUCCUCCACUGAUGAUGGAGAUUUAUUAAGUGCAGUGCCUUUACCGAUUUAAAGCUAAGGCAAACGUGGACUACUGUUGAUGCUGGAGGCUCGUUUAAAGGUUGCUGGAUUCAGCCCUGUUUGGUAGCACGGGCCAAGCUGUUGUCGUCUUCAUGCUGCUUCUUCCUGCUCCUUCCCAAGCAGUCAAACAGAACGGGGACAGUGGUUUGCUUCUCACUACUGGCCAAGCUCCAGCACUGUCGAGUUGUUCCACAUUUUUAUGGCGCUAAUGUGCUGUCAUUUGCCUGCCAUCAGCAUGUCUGUAUUGGUUUCUUCCUCACUGCCUUCUUCUGUGACAUCAAAACAUGGCAGUGGACUAACCCCCCCAUUUGGCUUUCCUUCUGAUCCAUGGUGGAGUCUGAAAGACUGAACAGGUGUGGCUUUAGCCAAGUUGUUUAAUAUUUACCACGUAAAUGUAGAGAUGUUUAAAAUAAAAAUUAAAAAAAAAAAAAACAUGCAAAAAAAUGUCAAAACAAGGAAAAUUUAAGCAAAAAAACUUUUCGUUGCCCUGAAAUAAGAACUUAUUUUUUCUAUAAAGAUAUGCUAUACCACUUGUGUCUGGGUUUUUUUUUUGUUUGUUUGUUUGUUUUUCCCCUGAUUUCUAAUGCACAUAUUUCAUCUGGAUGUUUGUGGCUUAAGUUGAGUGUUAUUUCUGUGCACGCUCCUGCAGAGUCAAACCUGUUCUGCACUACUGUGGCAAUUGUGCCAUCUAGUGCCAGCUGUUUUUUUUGCUCUCCCAUUCCCUGAAAUGGAAACAGACCAUGAAUAAAUAGAAGCCUUUUAGAAUUGGAGGAUAUUGAGGCAAAGUUGAUCACAGGUCCGUCUGUUUUCCUUUCCUUAGUGAAUUCAAUUCGGUUCUAUUUGUGUAGCACUUUUAACAAAGGACAUCGUCCCAGAGCAGAUUUCCAGAAAUAUAUAUAAACUCGGGAGAUAAAUUUUACAUUUAUAAAUGUAUCCCUAAUGAGAGAACCAGAUGCGACAGUGCCAAGGAAAAACUCCCUGAGAUGAUAUGAGCGAGAAAUCUUGAGAGGAAGCAGACUCAAAAGGGAACCCAUCAUCAUCUGGGUGACACCGGCUAUUACAGUUUUAAAUCAUUCCCUUCUUUAACUGUGUACUACUGUGUACCAGGAAAUUCAUUAUAGUUUUCACAAAAAGGACUAUUCUGCUGCACUUCUCCACUGUUCACUGAUGGAGACUUGAGUGCAAAAGUGUUUGUGGCAGUUGAAGUCCUAAACCAUCAUAGCAUAACUGUUCGUGGUUUUUUUGUUUUUUUUAUUUAAAAGUGGUACCAUCCUCAAUAAUCUCAAAAAUCAGGACUCUUCCAUGUCAAAUGUUCUUUCAAAAGCAUAGGUAGUGCUUAUGGGAAUGAGUGAAAACUGUUGGUGCUUUUAAAUUUUAUUGAAAGCUGCUAAAUCCAUACUUUGGACAUAGUCUUCAAACUUAGUGAUCUCCUCCGCCAGUAGGUCUGUUCCCACCAACAGUAUAUCGUCCUCAACCACAUAGUCGAUCUUCAGCUUCUUUAUACCGUAACCAACUGGUACCAGUCUGGAGGCAUCCCAGAGCAACCCAUCGACCUCCUCCAUCUUUGCCAUGUCUCGUCAUCCCAAGAUUUGAUAUCCAACAGGAUGGAAGAAUUGGCACUGAAUGCAUGGUGGGGUUUUUUAAAAUUAUUUUUAAGCUUUUUUUGGGCUGCAUAUUCUUGGAGUCGCUGCUCCUUGCGGCGCUCUGCCUCUUCGUCCACAUCACCAUCCUCUCAGAGAAGUUUCGUUCAGCCUCAUCAUAAUGAGGCUUGUCAAACCAUGUCUUCUCUUGAGCCAAGUACUCCACUGCACUCUUUUGCAUUGUAUUAUUUUUAUUUUUUUAUAAUUGAAUGAAAUGUUUUGUCAGAACAGAACCAUAAACACCCAUUCAGUAAUCUUCUGUCCCUGGAUACCUGUUUCUGAAUUGGGCAUGGUUUUCAACUUAGGUUUCUUCAUUUCACCCAGAUCGAACAACUACUAGUCUACUGACCAUUAUUUGGUCUUAUUUGGUGACCAAAGGUCAGCAUGACCUUUUAAUCAAGGAUGACAGAUUCUGACCGACAGUAUCCUUUCUAUGUCAAGUGAAUUCCACUUCUGUCCUGUUUCCAAAUUAUUUAUUUCCAAAAUAAUUUGCUGUCUCAAUGCAAGACAUAGAUCUAUUUGUUAUUUUAUAUAAAACACCUAUACACUUGUUCAUGCAGUUACCUAAUCAGUCAAUCAUGUGGCAGCAGUACAAUGCAUAAAAUCAUGCAGAUACAGGUCAAGAGCUUCCAUUAAUGUUCACAUCAAACAUCAGAAUGUGGCAGGGUUGUUGAUGCCACACUGACUGGCAUCAGAUGCAUCCAGUGACCAGCAGUUCUGCAGGUGGAACUGCCUUGGUGAUGAGAGCGAUCAA